AAAAGACCACACUAUAAGCUGUCGCGAACCUAACUACAACCCCCACCCUCUCUCUCUACACAAUCUUUGCGUGCUACAUCGACGUCGUCUUCUUCUUCUCCGAUGAAGAUUCUUAUGCGUCCCUGCUGUUUCUCUCUUCUUUUCCUUAUCUUCUUUUCAGCAGGUGAGGGGGUAUCAGCUACGGUGUUUACGUUACAAAACAGCUGUAGCUAUACAGUUUGGCCCGGGACGCUAAGCGGGAAUGCGGGUCCUGUCUUAGGCGAGGGCGGCUUCGCAUUGUUACCCGGUGCCUCUGUUCAGUUCCUCGCUAUGCCCGGCUGGUCGGGUCGGUUCUGGGCCCGAACCGGUUGCACCUUUGACGAGUUCGGAAAUGGUAAGUGCGUUACGGGCGACUGCGGAGGUACUCUCAGGUGCAAUGGCGGUGGUGACCCCCCGGUUUCGCUAGCGGAGUUCACAAUCGCUGGCGGCAACAGCAACACCAACAGCGAUAAGGAUUUUUAUGAUGUCAGCCUUGUCGACGGGUACAAUGUCGGCAUUGGCAUAAAGCCGACAGGUGGUGCCGGUGACUGCCACUACGCAGGGUGCAUAGCAGACCUAAACGUUAACUGUCCGCCCGAGCUGAGAGUUGUGGACGGUAGUGGCGCGGUGGUGGCUUGUAAAAGCGCGUGUGAUGCAUUUAACACGCCGGAGUUCUGCUGCACGGGGGAUCAUGCAAUGCCAGCAACGUGUGCGCCAACGCAGUUCUCGGUGAUGUUUAAAGCAGCGUGCCCGAGUGCGUAUAGCUAUGCGUAUGAUGAUGCGUCGAGUACGUUCACUUGUUCCGGGACUGAUUACUUGAUUACAUUCUGUCCUACAACAGGGAUUUGAUCAUUUUAGUUACCAAAUUUUGAUUUUAAAAUCAUUGAGAUUGAUUGUGAAUUGUUGGGUUAGAUGAUAACAAACAAGUUUUUAAACC